AUGUUCAGGCCCACAGUGGCUCAUCAGGCUAUCAAGGUGUUAAACCAUCUCACCCACUCUCGUGCAGUGACUGCUGCGUUCCGGCUGUCAGUGGCCAGCCCUUUCUUUCGCCCCUUAUCCUCCACCGUCCCUCUUUUCAAACACGAGAAAAAAGAUCCCAAGAAGGAUAAUUUCCUGGCCGCCACUACCAAAGCUCCCGAAGGCGUCUCGGGCGAGCAGGAGGGCCGUUUCGCGCGUACCGAUAAGAAUGUUAAGAUCGAGUACCCCGACGACGCAAACAUGCCUCGCAGCCCUAUUGUCCAGGGCCGUGGUGGAGUGCAUCUUAAGCGAACUCUGGCUCAAUUCUCUCUGGAGAACAAGGUCAGCUUAGUCACUGGAGGUGCCCGUGGUUUGGGUCUUAUUAUGGCCCAGGCACUGGUUGCCUCUGGCUCUGACGUAGAUAUUGUCGAUUUGAAUAAACAGGAAGCUGAGGAUCAGGCGGAGAAGCUCGUAGAGCAGUUCCAGAAAGUGAACCCGGGCCUGGGGCAAAUGCCCAAUAUCACUACGCACUACGCUGAUGUCGCUAGCCUAUCUGUUAACGGAGCUAUUGCGGAAGUCAUCCAGAAACAUAGCAAGAUCGACCACUUGGUGACUUCAGCUAGUUUCACUGAGAACUUUGAUGCCAUUUCAUAUCCUCAUAACCCUAUGCUGAAGCUCUGGGGCGUAGUUGUCGACGGUACUUACCUGUUUGCUACCGGUGUUGCGAGACAGCUUAUAGAGCGUAAUGUUCCGGGAAGCAUGGUGAUGAUCGGAAGCAUAUCCGGUGCUAUUGUGAACGUUCCUCAGCCCCAAGCUCCUUACAAUGCCGCCAAGGCUGCCGUUCGUCAUCUAGUUUCAUCUCUUGCCGUCGAAUGGGCAGGUCACGAUAUUUGCGUGAACAUCAUCAACCCUAGAUAUAUGCUGACUACACUGACCGGCAAGAUUUUGGAUGAGAACCCUGACCUAAGAUACAAGUGGACCUCACACAUCCCCAUCGGCAAGAUGGGUACUCCUAAGGAUCUCAUGAGCGCUGUUACGUUCCUGCUCAUUGGCGCAUCCAGAUACAUAACCGGUCCAGAACUUCGCGUCGACGGUGGCUACACCUUAGUCUAG